AUGCCCGAACCUCAACCUAUCUCAGUCCUCUUCGUCUGCCUCGGCAACAUCUGCAGGUCGACCAUGGCGGAGGGAAUCUUCCAGUCUAUUGCGAACAAACCUACAUACCAAGGACGCAUUAAGACGAUCGAUAGCUGUGGUACGGGUGCAUAUCACGUUGGGGAGGAGCCCGAUGACCGAACUAUGGGGACUUUAGAAGAGCACGGCAUCACAGAUUACUUCCACAGAGCGCGCAAGUUCAACGUGAAAGACCUGGACAACUUCGACUACAUCUUCGCGAUGGACCGCAACAACCUUUCCGAUCUCCAGCGCAUGCAUAAGAACAAGCCGGAAGCCAAGGCGAAGGUGAUGUUGUUUGGUGAAUAUUCGGGCACUGGCAAAGCAGAAGUCGUCCAGGAUCCGUGGUACGGACCUCUGGAUGGCUUCGAGACGACUUACAGCCAGUGCCUAAGGUUCACAAAGAACUUCCUCAAGGAAGUCUUCCCCGACAUCACACCAGAGGAAUGA